GUGUGUGUCUUUCAUUUGUUUUGGAUCUCAGAAAGAAGAUUCCAGAGUUUUCAUUCUGGCAUCAUUUUCGAGGACAGUCAACCAAAGAAACACAUGCUAUGUAAGGAAGAAAUAAUUCAAAGCCUCCCAGCCCUGACCUGGCUGAUAGAGAUCAGAUGGUGACUGGAUAGAAGCCUUCUCAGUCUUGGGUCCAUGAUGUACGCACCAGUUGAAUUUUCAGAAACUGAAUACCCACGAAUUGAAUAUCAAAGAAGACAGCAACAAUUUUGGGACCCUAUUCGACUAUCUCUUUUCACAUUGGCAAUUGUAGCAAUCAUAGGAAUAACAAUUGGCAUUGUCACUCACUUUGUUGUUGAAGAUGAUAAGUCAUUCUACUACCUUGCCUCUUUUCAAGUCACAAACAUCAAAUACAAAGAAAAUUAUGGAACGAGGUCAUCAAGAGAGUUUAUAGAAAGAAGUCAUCAAAUCGAGAGAAUGAUGUCUAGGAUUUUUCGACGUUCUUCUGGAGUGGGUCGAUUCAUCAAGUCACAUGUUAUCAAGAUAAGUCCAGAUGAACAGGGUGUGAGCAUUCUUAUGGUGCUCAUGUUUCGAUACCCAUCUACUGAUAGUGCUGAACGAAUAAAGAAAAAAAUUGAAAGGACAUUAUAUCAAAGUCUGAAGAUCAAACAUUUGCCUUUGACUAUAUAUAAACCAUCAUUUAGCCUCACACCUAUUGACAGCAAAAAGAUGAGAAAUCUUCUCAAUAGUCGAUGUGGGAUAAGGAUGUCAUCUUCAAACAUGCCAUUACCAGCAUCCUCUACUACUGAGAGAAUUGUCCAGGGAAGAGAAACAGCUAUGGAAGGGGAGUGGCCAUGGCAGGCCAGCCUACAGCUCAUAGGGGCAGGCCAUCAGUGUGGAGCCACACUCAUCAGCAACACAUGGUUGCUCACAGCAGCUCACUGCUUCUGGAAAAACAGAGACCCAAGUAAAUGGAUUGCUACUUUCGGUACAACUAUAACACCACCUGCAGUGAAACGAAAUGUUGGCAAGAUUAUCAUCCAUGAAGAUUACCACAGAGAAAGCAAUGAAAACGACAUUGCUCUGGCUCAGCUCACUACCCGCGUAGAGUUUUCAAAUAUGGUCCAGAGAGUCUGCCUCCCAGAUUCAUCUAUGAAACUGCCUCCAAAAACAAGUGUGUUUGUCACAGGAUUUGGGUCUAUUGUAGAUGAUGGACCAACACAAAAUAAACUCCGGCAAGCUAGGGUGGAAACCAUAGGCACUGACGUGUGUAACAGAAAGGAUGUGUAUGACGGCCUGAUAACUCCAGGGAUGCUGUGCGCUGGAUUCAUGGAAGGAAAAGUAGAUGCGUGUAAGGGAGAUUCUGGGGGACCUCUGGUCUAUGACAAUCGGGAUAUCUGGUACAUUGUAGGCAUUGUAAGUUGGGGACAAUCAUGUGCCCUUCCAAACAAGCCUGGAGUCUACACAAGAGUGACUAAGUAUCGAGACUGGAUAACCUCCAAGACCGGCAUCUAAAAUGGACUCUUGUGAGUUAUAGCUAUGGCGCACAGAGCAGGACACCUGCAGAUUGCAUAUUAUCACUUAGAGUCAUGAGUAUAGUCAUGGCACACAGAGCAGGAUGCUUGCAGACUGUAUAUUAUCACUUAGAGUCAUGAGUUAUAAUCACGGCCCAUGGAGCAGGAUGACUGCAGGUUGUACAUUAUUACUUAGAGUCAUGGGGAACAAAUCAGUGCUUCUGCCAGAUAUCAAGGAACUCAUAAGACCUAGACAAACUUAAUAUCAUGAAGUGGCUUUUGUAUACAUACCAAGAAGAAGGAAUACACGGCUAAUGACAGGUGGUGUGAAUGCCUCACUCAUAAGGGUGACUCCUCACUGUGACAAAUGCUUACAGAUGGCUUCCCUCAGGACACAAGAGCUGCCAGGCUGCUACAACCUUACCUCAUAUGAUUCACAGAGCUCCAGGACUCAUCUUGAAAACAUCAGUUAGCAUAUUCUCUAGGGUUUCAAGACUCUGGCAUUCUAGAACUCAUGACUGGACAUUCAAUUGCUAGAAUGAAGGAGCGUGGAAUCUGCAGUAAAACUUGAACUCUAACUGGGGUUUGCAUCUGACCGACCAGAACAUUAUUCUCAACCACAGGAACUGUCAUUAUUUAAAUGCAUAUGAACUUGCCAUAACACCAUAAAAUGUCCUCAAGCACAAGCUUCAGGAAGCAUUUGGCAUUGUGAAGAAGCAUUUCUGGCUUACUCAUUAGCAGUAUCUUGCCAUCCACAUAUCAAUCGUAAUCAGCCCAGAAAAGAGAAAAAUAAAACCAUGAUAAGAUUUUUUUCUAGUAGCAUUAGAAGGAUAAAAGGAAGUGUAAUCGAUUUAAAAGCAUUUUGUAACAGGACACACUAAACUUUUGAUGGAGUGUGUCAUCCAAAUAUUUAUUUAGAAAUAUCAACAUAAGCAUAUUGUUACCAAUGCUUUUGUAAAUCAUCACUAAUUGCCAAGUCAUAUGUCUAUCAAAAUGUCAGAUGGGGAGAGCAUUAUGCAAGCAGUUAGGAUAGUGCUUAUAUACUGAGCACUAAAUAGUAGUAGUGAAUUACCCAAAGGGGCUUAACUACAGUCGAAAUCUACUGGUGGGCACAGAGUUAGUGAUUAAGCUAGUAUCAUGAACUUUGUCUCUCUGCCAUAUGCAAAGUAUAUGAAUUUAUGCAAAUAUCCCAAUACCUCUCUAUUAAUUAGCUCUUUCAUCUGUAUAGUGUGACUAAAAUACUACCUCAUUCAUUUAUUUUUGAGGAUUACAUGUAUUUAUACAAGUAAAGUAUUUGCAAUAGCAACUGCACACAGAAAGUUAUCAGGAUGAAUAAGCUACUAUCAAUAUUAAUGUUCUUUGGACUUUUAAAAACACACUUUUUUCAAAUGGCCCUACUUCUUAAAAGAAAUGCAAAUUAUUUCAAAAUACCUUAAAUUAUAUUGUUAAAAAAGCUGAUAAAGUACCAGACUUUCAAAAUUGCUUUUAUGUUGUUUCUUGGGUUUAUUUUGAACUGUGUCUUCAGUAGACAGGUGAUCACAGGAUGUUAACUGCCAUGCUUAGAACUACAGACAUGCAACUGUAUUCAUUUCCAGUACUCAAAUGUGAGGCCUGCAUGUGCUACUCUGACUUUAGCAGACAGAAACUGGGGAUUAGACAUCCUUUAAUGGCUAAAAGUUUUGUUUGUGGUUUAGUUUACAUGUAACUGUGUUUAUAUGUAGCAUAUGUAGUCAAGAAAAACACAACGUUCAACGCCUUUGAGUUGCUCUAACUUACAUCUCAAUGAACUACAAGCGCUGGAAAGUCAAGUCUUAUAUAGUGACAGCAUUAGAAAAUGCAGAGUAAAAGCUUAAGCAUGGGCUUGAUUGAUGUUGGAUUUUUCCUUUAAUUUAAUAUAAACUCCUCUUUUGGUAGAUACGUGAAAGCAAAUUUGUUUACCAAAAAACAAACCUCAUUCUUUCCUUUGUAAAGUCUAUAACAAAGGAUUCAUUUUGUGUAAUUUUAUUUAUAUUUCAUAAGACUGUGAUGACUUUUUGUGUAUAAGUGUCUGUGAAACUAUGUAUACUGAUUUAAAUAUUUCCAUGUUUAGUUAGAAUGAGUUCAAUGAUAACACAAAUAAGAGGAAUAAAUAUAAAAAGCCAUAUGGAUUAUAAAAAAAUAGAAAGUGUAUUUUUUAUAACAGUGUUUGUAUGUCUUAUUUCAAAUUUGGCAUUUGGCUUAUUGGUUGAACGUCAUAGAAGUCAAGUGAUCUUACACUUCAUGUUUUCCAUCUGACACAUGGAUUGCUAAGUUAUCUACCUCAUGGCAUCACUGUGAGGCAUUCUUGAUAAAUAAUAAAGUUUAAAAGUUGGAGAACAGUAUUUAUCCCUGGCAUACAAAUGGACUUUGGGUGCCCAUCCUACAAUGAGAGAUGCUCU